AGUGACAUGUAUCUUCUUUGCCUGUUCACUGCAUUGCUUGGGAUUGUGCAAGCUUUGUCCAAUUGCAGCUAUCAGGCUGUUCAGGAGUACCUUGGUCUGGACAAGGACAACAUCAAGAUGACCUCUUUACGGCCGGUUUUUAAUUGGAAAACCCCUACUUUCGUUUCAGCAGAUCUUUACAUUUCCUCUAUCACAGAGGUGAAUGAAAAAGCUCAAACUUUCUCUCCUCUGGUCUUUUUGGAAAUGGGGUGGGUCAAUGAAUUUACCAAAUGGAACCCUGCAGACUUCUGUGGUAUAACUGUCAUGUCUGUUCCCAAAGAAAUGCUAUGGAUUCCGGAUGUCAUCGUAAUGGAGAACAUCAGAACAGAGUUUUCAACACAGGAGGCUCUAUUUCUGAAGGUACAGUCUACAGGCAUUGUAGCAUUCGCACAGGCAUACAUAAUGACCACUGCCUGUAAGAUGGAUCUAUACCGGUUUCCCUUCGACACACAGAGCUGCACUUUUACCCUCCAGUCUACUUUGCACAACAUUGAAGAAUUUCGAAUUGAUGCCUACUCCAAUGCUUCCAUGCUGACUCUAAGCUCAAAGGAGAUCUUUCAAAACCAAGGAGAAUGGGACUUAGUCUGCAUUAAUAUGUCGAAGACUCAUUUACAGAGCAAUGGAAGGCAAUGGGACCAGCUCACAUAUACGAUUACCAUAAAAAGGAGACCCCUACUAUAUGUAGUCAUCUUUCUGCUCCCAAUCUUGUACUUCCUGGUGUUGGAUUUGGCCUCCUUUUUCAUCGCUGAUGAUGGAGGAGAGAAGAUAAGCUUUAAGGUGACGUUACUCUUGGCAAUUUCUGUCUUGCUGCUAAUCCUCCACGACAUGCUGCCUUCCACUUCUCAUAGGCUUCCACUGAUAGGGGUCUACUGCAGUGUCAUUUUCACCUUCACAGCAGUAAGCCUUCUGGAGACUAUACUUGUGACUUUUCUUAAGACUCGUGUCACCCAGGCCACGGCAAAACCGCCUGGAGAAACCAUGACUGUUCCUGCACUUCAGAACACUGGAGAGAGAGCUCCACAGAGCUGCUCAGACAUGUCUACAGGGAGCAAUGGAGAGUCGUGUAGCAUCACUGUCCUUCAACAGAUUAUCACAGAGCUUCAGAAAGCACAUCAACAUCUCUCAACCACAGAAACCUUCAAGCAACGGAAGACAUCACGAUGGACAAAAAUAGCUCAAGUGACAGACAAAACCUUCUUUGUCAUCUAUGUAAAUGGUGUCAUGUUGUUUUUGCAACAGAUUUGGCAGGCUUGGUUUUCAUAGUUUAUCUUUUCAGUGGAGUCAA